GAAGAUUAGAUUUCUUUGGGAGACAUUCCUCCUGUUAAGAAAUUUGAAACGUUCCCGCAGAUGUCACUGGGCUUCGAGCGCAGGUCACGGAACACUCGUUAUUAGUCUUGUUUGUGUGUUGUUUGGGGAGUGUGCAUUACAGCGGGCGGUUAAAACUCCGCGACGAUCUCCUGCCAUUCAUUGAGAAGACACUGCCGACUUUGAGGCACACGAAAGAGCUGAAAAACAGCCGGUCUAGACGUGAUGAGAUAAAGGCCAGAGACUUCUCCGCUAGUCACGAAACAUGGAACCCCAGGGAACGUCCACUACGUCUACCGUGCGUGUGCAGAGCUCCGGCGGGCCUCCCCCCGUGGUCGCCCGAAGGAAGGGAAUCAGCGACCCGCCGCCCUCCCCGAUACGGAAGCGGAUCAAGGCUGGAGAGGACAGACUCAGAAGCCUGGAGGAAAGUGGGUUCCUCAGCGACCCCUCCCCUUUUCUAGAUACGGAAAUGGACGCAGAAGAAAUGCCGAUGGCUGAUGAAGAAGCGCCACCUUGUGACACUCCGAUGAAUGACAUGAGCUCUCUCCACAACAUCAUAGACGGAGGGAGCCCUGCGGACGUGGCGCAAGCUGUCUUCGCUGUCCCCGCUGUCAAGCAAGAGCUUCUCCGUAUGUUCCUGGAGGAAGUUGGGACCGAGAGCUCGCUCCUAUGUUCCGAGGGGAUUCUCUCGGCCAUCAAGCUGCUAACAGGCGGGCAGAACCUGAGAGAACGGCUUCAGGAGUGCGCGCCGAUACUCCUGAAUGUCCUGGACACCGUGUCGGACACCAUGACAGCCUUCACCAAAGCGCAGCCCACCAAGGCGGGGAAACGCGCACUGGAGGACUUGAAGAGGCAACUCACCAAGAUGGGGAAAGUCCACGUGGGGACCAAGAUUGUCGAGUCCGCCAAGGAGACGUUUGAAGGGGUGAGCAGCGGAAGCGAAAAGGAGAGUCGUAGCGGCAGUGUCUCGGACGACAAUGCCUCUGAGGCUGAAUCAUCCAGUUCCUCUCCGGAGCCAGAACGUCGAGUUCGUACUCCGCUAACCCGGAUGCAGUCGGAACCAGUCUCCCUGAUGCAGUCAACCCCAACCGUCGCCAGUAACGCCGCCGAAAAGAAACGCACGCACACUCGCACACCAUCCGCACCGAUCCAAAUCCCCUCCGUUUCCGUGGCGAUGCCGGCAGAAGACGUUGACAUGUCCUCCUCACCCUCGGACGGCUUCAGGGAAAGAAGCCUCAGCUUACCGUCAAACUCUAAGCUCUUCCAGAGAGGCUACCGGCAGGGCAUCUUCGAGGAACAUCACUCGAAAUCCAUCAAGACGUCCGUGGAGGUCUUCGUACGCGCUGUUGACGACAUGGAGGGUGCCGUUCUGUUCCCGACACGUCUCCGCUACAUCUCGGAAGAUCUGGACCUGUCGGAGAGUCUGCCUGCGAUGCUGCGAGAAUGCGAUCUGUACGAAUUGUUUGAGUCGCUGAAGAAGCUGAGGACUGAGCUGGACGAGGGGCGGCUGUCCUUCGCGCAGUACGAGGGCAGCAGCGAGCAGAUGAAAUCCAUCGUGGAGCUCAUCCACAGGCAGGUGCUGAGUCUGUCCGUCAUCCUAGAGCAGCUCGCGGAAACCGCUCGGCUCGUCACCAGACAGUACGAGGAACACUUGUAAACAAACGCGAAUAGUUUCAUCAGUCAGUGAGAAUAAAGCAAUGGUUGUGUCAAAAGAGUCUCUCUAUUCACUUGUAAACAAACAAACUCAAGUAAACAAGGAGAUAAACAAAGCAGAUUUGCCAUUCAUCCAAUGUACUGUGAACUGUAUGCAAGUGAUCAUCACUGAUGCAUCCAAAGACAUGGUGAUGAAUAUAAAGAAAAUUUACCAUUCAACCAAUGUGCUGUGAACUGUAUGCAAGUGAUGCAUCCAAAGACGCAGUGGUGGAUAUAAACUACUAACAAUCAACAUAGAUUUACCGCAAAUACAAAAACAUUAAGAUAAAAGUUGCAAUUGUUUGCAAGAAUGUUCACAGUGUGUAGCUAGAGGCCUCGGCUUGUAAAUUGUCAAUGUGCAAACGAAGACACAGAUACUUACUUGAUGUACAAAUUAUGCUUUUUUACAUGUCAUGUAGGAAUGAUUGUAUUAUGUAAUUAGACAGCACAAAUGAACUGACACCACGAAAGAUUGCCUAACGCUGAGAUUGGUAUUCAAGUCUUACUUCAAUAAAUUAUGCAGUUAAUUUUUUUUUAAUAACAUCUUUGAUUUUCAAUCUUUGUUUUGAUACUUCAUUUGUCUUAAGUUUAUAUGUUUUAUACCACAAUAACAAUACUUUCUACAAUUCGGGGAUGAUAUUAUGGAAUGGCUUUAGUAAUUGACAGUCUUUUCGAUAUGGUUCUGUGUUGAAACACCCUAUGUUUGUUUUGAGUACUUUGUGAGAGUGUGCAAAUUGGCAAUCUUGUCACAGAUGUGAUAUGGCAGUAUCCUACAAAGGGACGACUUUGGUAACAAAUGGGAAAGAUACACAAAGCCUAUGUACGGUUUCAGAUCUAAGAAGGGAAUUGUAAAUAAUUGUAACAGAAUAUUGCAGCAUUAUUCUUAAAUAUAGAUGAAGUUCUGCACUAUUUGAUUAGAUAGCAGGAUUUAUACAAGAUUGAUAAUAGAUUUAAAGAAUCUUUGCACCAUAAUUCAUGUGUUGAGCCUUGUUGAGAUAAAAUGAAUAUAUGAGUACAAAGAAUAUGGUCACAGUGCACAGAAUAUCAUAGGUGAAAAGUUAUAGCCUUAUGAUUUACAUAAGGCAGGAUCGGGAUAAGUUUAAGUACUAUAAAAUGGAAUUGUACAGCAAAACUGUAAAAAACGUUUACCAGUAAAUAAUUUGACUUGUUCUACAGUACAUCACCAAAAGGAUGCAUUUGGUAUAGACUGCUGAAUGGCAAAUAAGUAGAUACAGUUUUUAAGAAAGCUAUGAAUUGCACACUAUGGAAUACUUUAGAACAGGCACGUUUGUACAAAAAGACUAAACGCAUUGUUGCUUUUGGUAGAAGAAUUUGCAGCUCAACAUCAAAUGUUGGAAAGAAUAAAAGUCAUUUUGGAAUGAAGGA